AUGUUGCGAGUGCAGCCGGUUUAUGACACCGUAGAUGUCUCCACACACGGCUCGGUCGCAAAUGCACUUAUUCCCUUUGCGAAGAUCGGCAUUGUUUCCUUCAGACAUUUUUUCGACUCCAUCCACGAAUCACAUCCAUUUUCCCCUGCACUAAGCCUAAACGGAUUCCGUCCGCCUCCGAGUCCAAGUGACACGGAAUUGAUCGCUGCGGAAUGUGAUUGCGAUCAGAGUCGAUGGACGAGAGCGCCGUCCGAUUCGUCACCGCCGCCGCCGCCCGCCGCCGCCUCUCCGGACCCGCCUCCUGUUGACCCCACCACUCUGCAAUAUCGUAUAUUAUGGCGAGAUCGCGCUCGGCGGCGGUGUGGUGGCGCUGGUGACCAGUAUCGGCAACUGUCCGGUUGCCCCCGUCUUGAUUUUAUGUAUUCGUUCAUUUCUCAAACAGGGGCCUUGCCAUCGACGAACGGCCUGCAGACAUCGGACAGCGAAAAUCAAGCGGAUGAUAACGUAUGGGCGUUUUUCGGUCGUUCAAUUCGAGCUAUCGUAACGAUUUCAAUGCAAUUGAUCAUUAUGUCAGUCGUUGUUGUGCUGAACAUCGGAUAUGCAUCGGACUUGCGCUGGUGGUCACACGUCUUCACAGCCGAGGUUCAGCGGCUCGCAGAUGAACGAACGCCUCAACGUCCUCUCCCUUCUCGCCAUCCGUCCAUCGCUCAAGCGUUCCUCAAAGAAAUGUGGUCUGUCGAAAAACGCUCCGAACGAGAGACAUGUGAAGGUGAACGAAACAAUGCGCAGGUUCAGUGGAUCGAAAGCGAAACACCGCAUAAACACAUCGAUUUCUGUCCACUUCUAGGUUUCUAUCAGUCUUCGCUAUUGAGGACAUUUCUGAAUCGUACAGCUACCGAUGAAAGAAAAUUCGAAGAAGAAUCGAAUCACGAAAAUCUGUCAGUGUGA